CACACACACACACACACACACACACACACACUCAUUCAUGCUCAUAUAAUUCAAUUUGGUAUAAGAUUCAAUUCAUGGAGUCUUUUCCAAAGCAUUAAGGACUAAGCACUUCUUAAAAAUGUAAGAUUGACCAAAAAAAAUUUUUGAAGGUUCAAAUAGUACUUUCAUUGAUCUUUAUAAAAUUUUUUGGAGACUAAAGGAAACAUUAUGUGGGGCUUUCUUUUGUCCUAAUGGACAAUUCAUUGCCGAGUCCUGACACUGCUUUUCCCCAUUGGGUCUCUGUGAGAGUCACAUGCUUUGGACAUCUUUGAAAAGAAUCUUCUGAGGCUUCAGCAUCUUAUUUGAAUCUCCUGAAUCUCAUCUAGAACUGUGUUGAAUUCUCAUCCAUCGCAAUGAGCAACAGAUUCCUGGGCACCUGGAAACUCGUCUCCAGUGAGAACUUUGAUGAUUACAUGAAAGCUCUGGGUGUGGGGUUAGCCACCAGAAAACUGGGAAACUUGGCCAAACCCCGAGUGAUCAUCAGCAAGAAAGGGGAUAUUAUAACUAUAAGAACUGAAAGUACGUUUAAAAAUACAGAGAUCUCCUUCAAGUUAGGCCAAGAGUUUGAAGAAACCACAGCUGACAACAGGAAAACAAAGAGCACUGUAACCUUGUCAAGAGGCUCAUUGAAUCAAGUGCAGAAAUGGGAUGACAAAGAGACAACAAUAAAAAGAAAGUUGGUGGAUGGGAAAAUGGUAGUGGAAUGUAAAAUGAAGGGCGUGGUCUGCACCAGAAUUUAUGAGAAGGUCUGAGAAAAUCAUUUCCUCAUUGAAGUGGCAUUUGAUCAUUUGAUGUUGGAAAUCAACGGUUUUUGUUGGCAAGGCCCGACUACACUGCAAUUUGUUUGUUUUUGCUUUUGUCUUAAUAGAUCAGAGAGGUAAAGGUCUAAACUGAGGAUUAAUCUAAAAUUCAGUGUUGUUGAAACAUUUUCGAUUUGCAUGCAUUUCCUUACUGUAUUAAAGUAUGUAUACUGGC